AUGUAUGCGACGUUGGUUUCAGACCUUGCCAUUUUCACUGUAAUUGCCCCCAAGCCUUUCGGUAGUGAGAAAUUAAUUGAUCAUGGUAUAAUUAAAUGGCCAGAGUGUCUAGGAGGAGCAGAUGAAUUGGGCCGCAGAACCAGUAAAUUCUGGGGCUUCCACACUGACGGCAACAGGCCAAAUUCACGGAGAAUAGUUGCUGAAAAGUACAACAAGCCCAUUUGA